GAUGACCGGCAUGUCGACGAACUACUAGAUAGACUUCUCUUUAUUAUUUGUUAAAUGAUUGACAACUAACUCAAAUUGACCACAUUAUCUGAGUCAAUACUCUUUGGUGUGAUCCGACCAGUUUAGAGGUCUCUCUCUCUCUCUCUCUCUCUCUCUCUUUCCUCGCAGCUCUUCUAUUCUCUUUACUUUCGCUUUAAUUCGUCACCACAGCAGGUGAGGUCAUGUCACUUUUACUGAAGGAAAUAACGCGCAUCGACAAACAAGCAGCUGAUGUGUUGAAAGGUGAGGACUUGAAAACCGACGCAGAGAUCCAGACGCUGACUCGAGAAGAUCUGCAUGAGCUGUUUCCCGAAUCGAAGAACUUCAAACGAAGAAGGACCAUUUUCGACAUAAUCCACAAACAGAAACCGGUUGAAGUGCUCCUAAAAAACCUAAAGGAUUUCAUCCCACAUGAAUCUUUCAGGGCUGCUCUCACCAACAAUGGGGUCUUGGUUGAUUACCUCCGUAUCCUGAAGGACAUACAGGCCGAAGUGAAAAAUGUCCAGAAAUUCAUUGACACUCACGUCGGCUUUCUGGAAGAAUUCAGCAAAAAUCCGCCAGACCAGGAAUCAGCCAACAUGGAGGGGCAACCUUAUGGCUUACAAAAAGAAGCACAAGGUUCAUGUACCUCAGAUGCUUUCGGACCAAAAUUGCCUCAAAUCGGCCCAACUGGUGGCCAUCCACAAGAACAAGAAAGUCAAUCAACCCUUCAAACUUUAUGGUCGUAUUUACCAAGUUUGAGCUCUUCAGAUACUUCAGAGGCCGGUGGUCAAAUGGUGCUCUCUCCUGGCCCCACUGAAGGCCAUUCACAAGGAACAAAAUGUCCAAGUCCUUCAGCCAGCAGUUCUCCAGUGAAGCUCCACAGUGGAGCACAAGGUACCUCAGAGGCCAAUGGUCAAAUGGUGCUCUCUACUGGCCCCACUGAAGGCCAUUCACAAGGAACAAAAUCCACACUGACGUACAAGAUGGUUGUCAGUGGAAAAACCUUUGAACAACACCUGGUGCUGAUGGAUAAAGUGAAGAAACAAGUUGCGAAUCAGUUCCGGCUUUGUGAAGAUAAUUGGGAUAACAAGAUCACUUUUGUCUUCUGUCCGAUCAGUUCACGCAUCGCGUCAGAUGUUGAGGCAGCCCUGACAGAUUUUAAAGUGUCCUCAGGUGAUAAACCUAUCAUUCUGGUGUUGAUGCACCACGCACAUGGGGUCAAGUGCACACCAUCUUUUAGAACAUGGCAUGAUGAUGCUAAAGUUGUGUUGCACGUCAACGUUUUCUACCAUGAGACGACGGGAUUACUGAAGUGUGAAGAAAAUAAUGCUGCUGUCACUGAGAUAGCAAACAAAUUACAGGAGAGCUUCUUCCCGAGGAGUAAAGAUACUAGUGGAAAUGCCCAGGGUGUGGGUGCCGCAACGGGUGUGACUGGUCGUAGUUCUUCUAGAGGUGACGGUAACCACAGGGGUUCUAAAGUGGGAAAUAGAUAUUUUUCAAAUAUGUUUGGGGGGAAUAAUAAGUAGCAGUGUUAGCAGUGUUGGUUUGUAAUGGUUUGCAUCAAAAGCAAAAAUAAAACUGACAAAAUUGAUUCAUUUAGACCAUUUAAGUAUUGCUGAAAACAUUAUUCUUUCCUCCUUGGUAAAAUCAGCUCAGCUACUGAUUGUAGUCUAAUGAUAAUCGUCUUCUUGGUAAUCGCAGGUAUCUAUUGCUAAACAAAGAGUUCCCUGCAAAUUUUCUGCUGUUGAAUUUCUGAAGCUUCAUCAGGUAACUUGUGUUUUGCCAAUUAAUAAACGCUAAAUUAUCAGUCAGAUUUAUUAGAUUUAAGAACAAAAUGUUUUAUUGGGUAUUUGAGCUGCUGCUGAUCAUUGGACUUAUCUUAUAAUCUUAUCUUAUAAUUUCCUAUUAUGAAAUGUCCACUAAUCAGUUCUCGAUUUGAUACUUAACAAGUAAUGCAAAAAUGAAGAAUAAAUGUAAACAUA